UCAUUCAGGCGCCGCGGCCGGAAGGCUUUCCCCGCCCACUCAGGCUCCGCUCUCUCUUUCCGGACCUGGUCGAGGUGGAGGCGCCAUCAUGGGAGUUGACAUCCGUCACAACAAGGACCGAAAGGUUCGGCGCAAGGAGCCCAAGAGCCAGGACAUCUACCUUAGGCUGCUGGUCAAGCUCUACAGGUUCCUGGCCAGGCGGACCAACUCCACCUUCAACCAGGUUGUGCUGAAGAGGUUGUUCAUGAGUCGGACCAACCGGCCGCCCCUGUCCCUCUCCCGGAUGAUCCGGAAGAUGAAGCUUCCCGGCCGGGAAGGCAAAACAGCCGUGGUGGUCGGGACUAUCACUGACGACGUGCGUGUCCAGGAGGUGCCCAAGCUGAAGGUAUGUGCCCUGCGUGUGACCACCCGUGCCCGGAGCCGCAUCCUCAAGGCCGGGGGCAAGAUCCUUACGUUUGACCAGCUGGCCCUGGACUCCCCCAAGGGCUGUGGCACCGUCCUGCUCUCUGGACCUCGUAAGGGCAGAGAGGUGUACAGGCAUUUCGGCAAGGCCCCAGGCACCCCGCACAGCCACACCAAGCCUUACGUCCGCUCCAAGGGCCGGAAGUUCGAGAGAGCCAGAGGCCGAAGGGCCAGCCGUGGCUACAAAAACUAACCCCAGAUCCUGCCUUGUUAAUAAAAAGAAUUUGAAUUCUGA